ACAAUCCUUGUACUAAAUCCUAUAUAUUGGCAGUUCUGUUAAAUGUAUUGCAUGUUAUUAUAAUUUGGUAAAAAAGAUUAAGAUAAACGAGAGGGAAAUACGGGAUCUUGACCCAGAGAAAUUGUAGCAGAAAAAUAAGAGAUAUGGACUUCAAUCCUAUCCAGGUUCAGUCAAAUUAAUCUAAACCGCAUGUAAUGCCAGCAUCACUGUCCGCUCACGCACUGCCGUUCUUCCUAUAUAACCUACGUUCGUGAGUUGAAUACUCCAUUUCUUAACUAACAUUUUUAUCAGUAUAUUUCCGACCAUGUCUACGGAUAUGAGCACGUCAAGCCACCACAGGGUGAACUUAGCUGCUCCGAGAGGCUUCUGCACCACAUUUAAAGCAGAUCUAAAGGAAUCACUCUUUCCCGACGAUCCCUUCAAUGGUCUCCAGAAUGAGAAAGCACUUAGGAAAGUAAAGAAAGGGUUGGUCUACUUUGUUCCGAUCUUCAAGUGGCUUCCCAAGUAUAAUUUUCGUACUUUCCUUUACGAUCUCCUCGCUGGUCUCACCAUUACCAGCCUUGCUAUCCCCCAAGGAAUUAGCUACGCUAAACUCGCAGAAAUCCCACCCGUCAUUGGCCUCUACGUAAGCUUUGUUCCGCCUCUCAUUUACGCAAUUUUGGGGGACUCCAAGUAUCUGGCAGUGGGAAAUUUGGCGGCAUGCUCGUUACUUAUCAAAGAACAUAUCGGAGAAGUAGCAUCGCCGGAGAAUGAUCCCACUUUGUAUCUUCAUCUGGUUUUUACGGCCACCUUUGUCACAGGCGUCAUGCAGACACUAAUGGGUGUUCUAAGACUGGGGAUUUUAGUGGAUUUCUUAUCACAUUCUACCAUCACUGGUUUUAUGGGAGGGACUGCAGUUAUAAUUUCCUUGCAACAGUUGAAGGGAAUAUUAGGAAUGAAGAGUUUUACGACUGAAACCGACGUCGUAUCUGUUUUGAAAGCAGUUUUCCGACAUAGAAAAGAGUGGCGUUGGGAGACUGCAGUUGCUGGUAUUGUAUUCCUCAUUUUCCUUCAAAUAACAAAGUUCAUUAAGGACAAGAAACCGAAGCUAUUUUGGAUAUCCGCCAUGAGUCCACUGGUUGUGGUUCUAGUUGGCUGCGUUUUUGCUUAUUUUGGCGAUGCUGAGAAUCAUGGAAUACCCAUUGUUGGAGACUUGAAUAGAGGAAUCAAUCCUCUUUCCAUUCAGCAUUUGAACUUUGACAUGAGAUACUUUCCAGCUGCUUUGAAGGCUGGAUGUAUUACUGGCGCCAUUGCCGUGGCUGAAGGAAUAGCCGUUGGAAGAAGCUUUGGCAUGAAGAGGAACGAACAAGUGGACGGCAAUAAGGAAAUGAUCGCUUAUGGCUUGAUGAACAUAAUGGGAUCUUUCACUUCUUGCUACUUGGCUGCGGGACCAUUUUCAAAGACGGCGGUGAAUUACAGUGCGGGAGCAAAGACGGCAAUGGCGAACGCAGUAAUGUCGUUGUUUAUGGUGCUGGUGCUUUUGUUAUUGGCUCCUUUCUUUAGUUACACCCCUCUUGUUGCCCUAUCUGCCAUUAUCGUAUCUGCCAUGCUUGGACUCAUAAAAUACGACGUAGCUUUUGAACUGCUUAGGGUUGACAAGUUCGACUUUCUAGUUUGUAUGGCUGCUUUCUUAGGAGUGGCCUUCAUAAGCAUGGACAUUGGUCUUGCCCUCUCAGUGGGUCUUAGCCUCUUGAGAUCACUGCUUUAUGUGGCUAGGCCUGGCACUUGUAAGCUUGGAAAACUACCAGACUUGGGUCUAUAUCGUGACUUAGAGCAGUAUCCAAAUGGAAUAAAACAUUCAGGGAUCCUUGUCCUACAAAUUGGCUCGCCCAUUUACUGUGCAAAUUGCAACUAUAUUCGAGAGAGGAUUUUGAGAUGGAUUCGCGAUGAGCAAACCAGUUCCAGAGAUGUUGUUGAGCAUGUCUUGCUCGAUUUAUCAGGAGUCGUCACCAUUGACGUGCCUGGCAUUGAAACACUGGGCGAGAUACUUAAAAUCCUGACUGGAAUGAACAUUAAGCUAGGACUAAUAAACCCGAGACUUAAGGUAAUGGAGAAGAUGAUAGCAUCGCAUUUCCUAGACAAAAUCAAGAAGGAAAAUGUGUUCUUGUCCGCGGAGGAUGCAGUCGAAUCGUGCAGGUUCUCACUUGACAGGUCAACUGAAAAUAGUGGUUUAUCAUCAGCACGACAAUCUGAUGCUGUUUAGGAUUAACAAGUUUUUAUUCUCGAGUCUUUUUCUUUUCAAAGAAUUUCGAUGCACCCCUUCGCUUUCGCUUAAUAUCUCUCUUCAUCCAUUUUGUAUAGGUGAAUGUACAUCAUUAAUUUGGCGGCAAUUAGCUAGCUAGCUAGCGCCUCUUAUUUUUUCAUUUUUUAUUUUUUAAUAGUGAAAGUAUUAUGAAUAGUACGUGUUGUUGUGUUAAUGGGAAUAAGGAUUUACUGUG